ACUAUUACAUACUUAGAUCAUAUAUGAUCUAAGAUUACAUAUAAAGGCUCUCUAGUCCUACCUUCUAUUGUUCUAUGGCCCUACACAAUACUCGAUUUAAGAUAACGAAGAUUUUCAAGAAAAAAAAUUCGAUACUUAUCGAUAUGGACUAGUUAAAUACCGACUCGUAUCGAAGUCCGAUACGGGUCCGAUACGUAUCGCUUGUAUAAUGUAAUUGCACAUGUAACUUCUUGAACGCUCUUAAAUCUUGAAGAUCAAAUUUCUUUCUUGAAAAUCUUGAAUGUAUUAUAUUCACGGUUUAAAAAUAAUAUAAACUAAUACCUAUACUAUAAUAGGCCGAAUUCUGCCGGUAAAAAAAUCUGUUAUCAGUCGGUUAGCGUUAACCGACACUUUACCGUACAUUGUACCUAUAAUUAAUCGUUUUGUGAUAAAAAUGGGGCCCCCCUUGGGAAUUUUUAACUGCAUGUACCUAUAAUCAUUUUGUUCUAUGCUGUUACCUUGGUAUCGUCUAAUUUUUUAAUUUAUAAUUAGAUGCUCAACAAUAUUUUUAUAUAUUUGAUAUAUCUGUGCCCUGUGGAAUGUGGAAUGGUCGAGAUUUUCAAGGAAGAAAUUGGAAUUCAAAAGCGUUCAAGAAGUUACAUUUGCAAUAUACAAGCGAUACGUACCGGACCCGUUUCGAACUUAUACUCCGAUACCAGUCGUGAGCUCAAACGACGAUUAAAAGCUGAACAAAAAGCUAAGGAGAAAUUGGAAAAAGAAGCGACUGUUCAGAAAAAAUUGCCAGCAGUGAAGAAGGAAAGUGAUUUGUCUGCUGCUACUAAAUCUGCUGACAUUAGUCCUAAUGAGUUCUUCAGUUUACGUCUUCAAACCAUUGCUCAAAUGAAAAAGGAUGGCGAGGAACCGUAUCCCCAUAAAUUCAAUGUAACUAUAUCAUUAGAAGAGUUCAUUGAAAAGUUCAGUUCUUUGGCUGAAACUCAAAUUUUACAUGAUGAAAAAUAUAGUGUCGCGGGUCGAGUUCAUGCUAUUCGCGAAUCUGGUCCUAAAUUAAUUUUUUAUGAUCUACGUGGUGAAGGUGUUAAAAUUCAAGUAAUGGCAAAUGCUAAACAGUAUACUACCGAAGAAAGUUUCCUCUCAGACACAUCAAAAAUUCGGCGAGGUGAUAUAAUUGGUGUUACGGGUAGUCCAGGCAAAACAAAAAAAGGGGAAUUGUCAAUCUUCCCUCAAAACAUAAAAUUGCUGACUCCAUGUUUACACAUGUUACCUCAUAUGCACUACGGUCUAAAAGAUAAGGAAACUAGAUAUAGACAACGCUAUUUAGACUUGAUCAUCAAUGAACAUGUGCGUAACAAAUUCAUAGUAAGAGCAAAAGUGAUUUCCUAUGUUCGCCGGUUCUUAGACAAUUUAGGAUUCCUUGAAAUUGAAACUCCAAUGAUGAAUAUGAUUGCUGGUGGGGCAACUGCAAAACCAUUUAUCACCCAUCAUAAUGAUUUGAAUAUGGAUUUGUUUAUGAGAGUGGCUCCAGAACUUUAUCAUAAAAUGCUUGUUGUUGGUGGUAUUGACCGUGUGUAUGAAAUUGGUAGACAAUUUCGUAAUGAAGCGAUAGAUUUGACACACAAUCCUGAAUUCACUACAUGUGAAUUUUAUAUGGCAUAUGCAGAUUACAAUGAUCUAAUGCAAAUUACAGAAGAUCUCUUAUCUGGUCUUGUAAAAAGUAUUUAUGGCACAUAUAAAAUAAAAUAUCAUCCUGAUGGUGUGGAUGCCAACACUGAAGCAGUAGAAAUAGACUUUACUCCACCAUUUAAAAGGAUGUACAUGUUCCCGGCCUUGGAAGAAAUUCUUUCAGUUAAGCUUCCUAAUCCUACCGAACUAGCUACAGUUGAAGCAAAUAAGUUACUUGACGAUCUUUGCUUAAAACAUGAAAUUGAAUGCCCGCCACCUAGAACUUCAGCCAGACUAUUAGAUAAACUUGUAGGUGAAUUUCUUGAAGAAAAAUGCAUAAACCCAACAUUUAUUUGUGACCAUCCACAAGUAAUGUCACCUUUAGCUAAAUGGCACCGUUCCAUACCUGGUUUAACAGAACGAUUUGAAUUAUUUGUCAUGAAAAAAGAAGUAUGCAAUGCUUAUACAGAAUUGAAUGAUCCUAUGAUUCAGAGAGAGCGAUUUGAGCAACAAGCAAAGGAUAAAGCAGCUGGUGACGAUGAAGCCCAAUUGAUAGAUGAAAACUUUUGUACAUCAUUAGAAUAUGGCUUACCUCCUACAGCUGGUUGGGGUCUUGGUAUUGAUCGUUUAACUAUGUUCUUAACAGAUUCUAAUAAUAUUAAAGAAGUAUUAUUUUUCCCAGCUAUGAAACCAGAUGAUCCAAAUAAAAAUAAAGAAGAAAAGAAUGAAGAUGAAAAAUCUACAAUUUAAGAACUAUGUAAUAUAACUUAAGUUAUAAUAAUUUCAAUAUAUGGCUAAUUUAUCAAAUAGUA